AUGGAACCAGACAUCUUUGCCCUAGUUUUGGAUACACUAAAUAGAGCUACCAGCCAGAAUACAGAUAUACUUAAACCAGCUGAGAAGAAGUUAGAAGAAUGGGAGAUUGAACCUGGCUUCUAUUCUGUUCUCUUGAAUGUGCUAUCAAACCAUUCAGUAGAUGUACAUGUUCGUUGGUUAGCUGUUAUGUGUUUUAAAAAUGGUGUAGACAGAUAUUGGCGUCGCAAUGCACCACAUGCUAUAUCAGAUGAAGAAAGAAUUAAGUUACGACAAGGGCUCCUUAACUCAAAUAUUUUGAAUGAGCCUGUAGCCCAAAUAGCAACUCAAGAAGCAGUGCUUAUUGCCAAAAUUGCAAGGUUUGACUGCCCAGAAAAUUGGCCAAAUUUAAUACCGGAUUUGAUUGGGGCACUAAAGGCACCACAAUCCUUAGUACAACACAGGUCAUUGUUGAUAUUCCACCAUGUUGUUAAGGCCCUAGCAUCUAAGCGACUUCUUCUUAGUAAGAAGAAAUUUCAGGAGCUUACAAGCACAGUCUAUGGUUUUAUAUUAAAUCUAUGGCAUGAGAAUACAGAAAUAUUUCUUCGGCACAUACAAGAAGGGGCGGCCACAGAGGUGAUAACAGAACAUUUAGAGAAGGCAUUAUUAUGUUUGCGAGUGCUAAGAAAACUCACAGUAUUUGGAUUUAAAAAAGCACAUGACAGCCAAGAUGCUAUUGCCUUUUUAAAUGUUGUAUUCGAUAGAGCUAAGACCAGUUUAGAGUGUAGGAAACUUCUAAAAGGAAGAGGUAUUUAUCUCUUGGAAUUAUGUGAAAAGUUUAUAAUACACUUGACCAAAGUCGCCCUGGGCGUGCUAUCCUUCCACCCGUUCUCCUAUGUGCAACUUAUCCGACCCUCGUUAGAAUUUGCCCUCUACUACUGCUUUACUGAGCAGGGCAUGUCGCUCGCGUAUGAGAGAUUUACAAUACAAUGUUUGAAUAUUGUUAAGGGAAUACUUCAGUGUUUGGAGUUCAAGCUUCCGAAGGGGGGAUCAAGCGACGGCUGCUAG